GGUUUUUGACCAAAUUAUUUCUUUGUUCACAGUGUUCAUUUAAACAUGUCAUGAGGAAGAUUGUUUUUUUCUAAAGGAAUAAAGUAGAAGAUUGAUUUCUGAAGAGACAAUAUUUGUUUGCAUAUUUUGUAUUAAGAUUGACUGUUUAAAUAAGUAGAAGUGAGGAGUUGACGGUUUAUAUUACAAGAAGUGAAGAGUAGAUUUCAUAUGAAAGAAUGACUGAACCUACAGUAGAUAGACCACUGAAACGGACUAUACCAUAUGAUUUACAGACACAAGUAGAAGAAAUACAGAUAAAAGUACCAAGAACUACAGAUUUUUGAAUAUUGAACAACAUGGUGUCAAAAGAGGAGGAAAACUUUCUUCGUAUUGUGUAUCUACACUACAGAGUAGCCACUGGAGCACUUACAAAUUUCUUUGAUAAGUUACAUCCAAGUUUAUCAGCUGAUUUGAAUAUACCAGGAAACAAGGCUAUAUUGAAAGAUCUGUAUAUUCCCCCUACUAGGAAGAAACGAGUUCUCUAUCAGGGACAAUGGAAUACUCUGUAUCCUCCUCCAGGAUCAACAACAGUUACUUCAGCAGAUUUAGACUUGACAUUAAUCGUUUGUCUACUACGUAACAUACCUCCAUUGGUGACAGAACCUCCAACUGGAUUUGAUGAUUUACCUCCUUCUCAUGACAAUAGCGACGGAGCAAACAUUGCACGCUUGAAAUAUUAUAAAAACUUUCUUGUGUCACAUUCAAAGGAUGGUACAUUACCUAAUGCAGACUUUGUGAGAAUCUGGAGUGAAUUAGAACAGGCCAUUACGGGUCUUGAUAAUUCACUUGCUACUGCUGCGAGUUUGAAAGAUGCAAAAACGAAGAUGCUGGAUAACUCGAUGGUACAAAUGUUGUCAACCCAAAUACAACUUGUCACGAAAGUUUCUUAUUUUGAAGAGGAGUUGAAACACAUUUCUUCACAUAUUGAAAAAGAUGUACAAGAAAAGAAGCAACUAAAACAGAUAACAGAAACUCUUGAUGAAAGUAUGAAAACUAAAGAAGAUAGUUUUGAAAAAGAAUUUAAAGAAUGUAAAGAAAAUGUUGAUAAGUUAUCCGAACGACUGGAUACUAGUGAAGUACAAAUGUAUGAAAGAGUUGAAAGUAUUGAACAAUAUUUAGAGGAAUUACAGAAAUUACAACAAUCUCUAUAUUUACAAUUCACUCGAAUCAAAACCAUUGCCAAAGAAAGUAAGAAAGAAAAAGAAGACUUUGUAAAAGAUGUGCAGUCAUUGUGCAGUCUUAUUCAAGUUGAUAUCACCAAACAGGAAGAAAGAAUAGCAGCACUUGAGAACUUAUCUGAAACUGUUCAGGAAAUACAGAGAGACGUUGACAGCCUGAAAAAGAAAUUAGAUACCUUGAAAGAAGAAAUAAAAAAGCAAGUUGAAGAUCAUAUUCCACCACAUAUUCGAGCUCACCAUGGACAAGAAAUAAGAGAAUGGGAGCAAGACCAAACUACCUUUUUGGAAACCAGAGCAACACGUCGCAUAAUAGAAUCUCUACCCUCACAUAACUGUAAUGUUGUGACAGGAAGCUCAGGUUGUGGUAAAUCUUCAAACAUACAUCAUGCUGCCUUACACUUACGUAACAGUUUUGGAUUUGAGAUAAUACCUGUCUUAACAGGACCAACAGAUAUUAUGAAUUAUUAUAAUGAAAACAAAAAACAAGUGUUUGUUGUUGAUGACAUAUCUGGAAAGGAAACAAUAAACACACAAACAUUACAGAUGUGGAGAGAUUAUUCAGAAAAAAUGGAGAAAAUAUUUAAAGAUGUAGAAACAGAUGCCGGAGGUAAACAUGAUGGCAAGGUUUUUAAGGUAUCGAGUCCAAAAUUGCUGAUUUCUUGUAGACUGCAUAUAUAUAAAGAAACACAGUUUCAACGUAUUUCAUUUUUCACAAGAAAUGAGUGCAAUUUAUUAUCACCCGAGUUGUGUUUGCUGGAAGAUGAAAGAAUGCAUAUGCUGCAGAAGUACCUUCCUGAUGACAUAAUUUACAAUAUAGGAGAAGUCACAGAGAAUGUUGAUUACUUUCCCUUGCUUUGUAAAUUAUCAAAAGACAAAACAUCUGAGGAAGUCAAGAAACUGUUUACAGCUCCUUUAACUAGUAUUAAAAAGAACAUAAACAACAUUAUUAAUGAGAACAAAGAACACCUCUGUGCUCUUACUCUGUGUAUCAUAUUUAGUGAUAGAUUCAAUACAGAUUGGCUGAAAAAAGGAUCAGUUUUAGUUAAUAAGAAGGACACACUUGAGGACAUUGUUAAAGAAUUUGACAUAGACUUAAGCAAAGAGAAGCAUAGAAAUUCUUUAAAAGAUGGUUUUUCAACAUUAAAUGGCACAUAUUUAAAACUGAAAGGAACAGAGUAUAGUAUGAUACAUGACAAGAUCUAUAAAAUGGCAGCUGCCAUCUGUGGACAACACCUUCCAGAAAGUUUUAUCAAAUAUGCUACCCCUGAAUUUAUUAAGAACCAUUUCAUCUUCAAAUCUAUAACAGAAAUUCAAGAAAAGGAGGAUUUAAUAGUACUAUUGAAAGAUCAAGAAGAAGAUUAUUUUGAACGACUGUUAAGUGACUUAAAAGAGCAUGUUGUUACAAGCACAUUCAAUAAUGCACAGUUAUUUAGUCAGACAUUUAGAGACAAGUUAAUAAGCUUUUUAAGAAAGAGUGAUGUAAAAACAGUAUUAAAGAGCUUUGAUACAGAAAGUUGCAUUAUAGACAUUAAUUAUGAUGAACUAGAAUAUAGAGAUAAGAAGAAACACUUUAAUACGACACCUUUAAUAGAAUCAGCAACAACGGGAUACUUUGAUAUUGUUGAAUUUCUAAUUGUUAAUGUUAAAUGUGAUGUGAAUAACGCAGACGAAAGAGGCAAUUCCCCUUUACAUAAGGCAUCUGAAAGAGGACAUACAGCUGUAGCUAAACUUUUAUUAGAGAACAAUGCUGAUGUAUCUCAGUGUGAUGUGGAUGGUGCGUCCUCGUUGUUUUGGGCCUGUUAUGGAGGACAUAAAGAUACAGUAGAACUGUUACUUCAGAACAAUGCUGAUGUCAAUCAGUAUGAUAAUGAAGGUGUGUCACCAUUGCAUGCGGCCUGUAUACAAGGACAUACAUAUAUAGUAGAACUGUUACUUCAGAACAAAGCUGAUGUUGAUCAGCGUGAUGAGAAUGGUUGGUUUCCAUUGUAUUAUGCCUGUGAAGAAGGACAAAAAGAUACAGUAAAACUGUUACUUCAGUACAAUGCAAAUGUCUCUCAGUGUAAUGAGGAUAAUAAGUCUCCAUUGUAUGUGGCCUGUAAACAAGGAGAUACAGAUAUAGUAGAACUGUUACUGCAGUUUGAUGCUGACGUCAAUGGUGGGCAUGGUAGUCCUCCAGUGUAUGCGGCCAUGAUAAUGGGACAUAGAGACAUAGUAGACCUGUUACUGUCUAAUGAUGCUGAUUUUGAUGAUGCUGAUUUUGAUGAUAAAUUAUUUUAGAUAGGUUGAAAAUGUUAGAAGCAAAAGCGAUCAGAAAUUGAGAAUCGGCAUAAGUUAUUAUGGGACCAAAACAAUUUGAUGACACUGAAAGGGAUUAUUGCCCUUAAAUAAAAAUCGUUUGACAUAUAUUUAUGUUUGAAGCAUUGAACUCAAUAUCGAUAUAUGUGUAUAUUAUGAUACAAUCUAGUUGUAAAUCAUUCUUUUUUCAGGCCAUCACGGGUCUUGAUAAUUCACAUCACUACAAAAGUCCAAAAGUCUGAAAAGACCAGUUUUUGUCUCGAUUUGCAUGAACUUUUACUCGACAAUCUCAAAAAGAAUGAAUUAUGUCUUAAUUUUUCUUGACAAAUUCUGACUUGUAUUAAAUAAGUAUGAAAUUUACUCGACAUAUUCUCGACAUUCUGAAUAAUGUCUUUAAAUUUCUCGACAGAUUCUCGACAUUCUUUUUUUUCCUCAUUAUGUCUCGACGGAUUCUCGAUAUUCUUUUUUUUUCUCAUUAUGUCUCGACGGAUUCUCGACAUUCUUUUUUUUCCUCAUUAUGUCUCGACACAUUCUUAACAUUUUGAAUUGUGUCUUAAUUUUUCUUGAUAUAUUCUUGACAUGCUAAAAUCUGUCUUGAAUGUACUUAACACUAGGUCAAACUAGUUUUCCAAUUGUUAAGUUAGAGUUAUUCCCCUUAAUGAAUUAAAGCAGAUUAUUUUUUCUUUGGAAGUGUAAGUGUAGAUAGUAGUAUGUAAAUCUAUAUUAACAUUUUUUAUGCAUUUGUUAAUCCUUCGUAUAAUAAAUAAAACAAAACUCUAGGUAUAGGUUUAGUUGCUAGCAAUAACAUUUCUCUUUUCUAGCUAGCAAUUUUAAUCAUGUUAAAACAUUAUAAAUAAACAUAUAUAUUAUAACAACAAUAUUCAAACAAAACAAAUUACAAAAUGUCCAAUACAUUAUUUAAAUGGACUGAAGUCAUAUUUGAUAUUGUAAAUCAUACAUUCUGUGAAAAAAUAAUAUAACAUAACUGAACCCCACCUUUUGAACCGCCAAAGUAUGUCUUUGCAUAUUUUACCUAUAUAUAUCUUUUCCCAAAAACAAGAACCUAUUAUACAACUUCUCUCACUAACCAUUUUUGAACUUAUAAAUACUAUAACAAUAACACAGGGAAAACCCAAAGUCUCGACAAAAAGAAAUUUAUUUUUUUCCUGCAAGAUGACAAACAGUAAAGUGACAAUUCAACAUUCAAAACAUAUUUGCCAGUUAACAAUAAAAAUACAAGACAACUAAGUUAAACAAUAAACAAAGUAUUCUUUGUGUUUCUUAUCUCCUUAAUUUAACUUGUUAAAGGGUAUUUUCUACUCUGUGUAAAAAUAACCAGCUUUUUACAAUACUAUUACAAAUUGAUUUAAUAUAAAUAAAGGGACUGAAAAAG